UCGAUUCUUCUAAUUUUUUAAAUCUUGACUCUUCACUCUAGUCUUCGUCUCUCAUGGAUCCGGAAUUUAAAAGUUUUUAAAAUAAACUAUUUAUCAGAUUAAUGAUUAUAUCAAUCGCUACUUUUAAAUUGAAUAUUAAUAGUUUUUAUUAGUUUAUUAACAUAAACGGACUGUUUUUAUCGAUGCUGUAAAUUAAAAUCGUUUUCAUAUUUCAAAAUGCACAUAAAACAUGUAUGUAUUGAAUUUGAAAUAUAUGUAUUAUCAUGUCAAGUUUAUAUAACGUUUUCUGAUAAUGUACCUAUCGAUUAUGACAUCGAAAUURAUGUAAAAUCAAUUACUAUAACAUUAGCAGAAAAAGACGUAUACAUUUUAAACAUUAAAGAAUAUACACUUGAAGAAGAUGAAGUUAGAGAUAUCAAGGUUUAUGGCAAUAAAUUGUUAUUUCGUGCUCAGUUAAGUAGUUGUCCCAAAACUGAAUCUUCUUGCUUUUCAUUCAYACCCAAAUACAUGCCUGAAGUGAAAAGUGCUGAAGAAGUCUUCAUAACAUGUUGCUCAUGCCAGAAGUUAUUUGACACAAAAUCAUUUAAUUUUCGUAGAGUCUUACCAGUGGAGUUAUAUGAAGUGGAUCACAUGUUUUGUCAUGGAGGAACAGACAAUUUAGUUUUUCAUCCUCAAGAAGAUGACUGCUACUUUGACAAAGUGUAUGCGUAGAAUACGGUUUAAGAUUAUGGUUAGAUUCUGUCAGUUUUAAAUUCGGAAAUAAUGAUGAACAAACAUACGCCCCACCAUAUGACUGUUUUGCUAUUUUAAUAGAUGAUAUAGUUAAAACAAUGCUUGGACCAAUUUCUCAUGUUAUAAUGAAAUUCAAGGAUUCUGAAAAUGCCUUUCA